AUGGUUGGUCUGGUACGUUCCCAGGAGACCUCACGACGCUCACCGGAAGGUUGGAGUGGUCGAAUCGAGGCGAACGUCGCCGACCAGAAGCCCGAGGCUCGCGUGAGUAAGACUACAUACCAUGACGGCGACAGCGACUCUGUCCUCCUUUCCACCUACCCGCCCCUAUAUGCAACGCCUACAAUGCCGAAGCAGUCGACCAGUGCCACGACUGCGACGUCUUCAAAGCGCGUGCUGUUUAUGAGCACCAAAACACCCGGUAACUUCCAGGGAACACGAGAUCGCCAGGAGGUCCGCGCUCUGGCAUUGCGUGCGGCGUCCUUUGCGCGACCAAACAGGAGAAAGAAGGCCAGAAGAACAGCCUGUCAAAAGACCCGAUCAGCUUCGGAUCGUGCUCCACCAAACAGUGCCGCCCAAACUUGGAACGAUGAUUCCACUGCGUCGCCCACGGUGACACCCAACCCACGGGCUCUCCUGGGGAAUGGAGCGUCUGACCCAUUUGACGCCAUGCCCGUCCCCGUCACCGCCGACUGCCACGACAUCCUGACCUACGUCCGAUCAUUCACAUAUGCGAUCAACUGGCCCGACGAACUCGACGCGUGCCGGGCAGGAGGGAGCUUGUACCGGGCGCACCAAGUCAUGUACACCAAGUAUUUCGAACACGCGGCUCCCCUCAACAGUUUGCUGUCCUACGUCUACAACCUGAUGGCCAUCGCGCAGCCAGAAAAGGCCGACCUCCACCGGCAGAUCUCGAUGCGGUAUUCCGUGAGCGGCUUCAAGGCCCUCCGAGAUCUGAUCGACAACCUGGACUACUCGUACGACCAACUCCUUCUCAUCCUGCAGACCAUCUGGCCGCUGGCAAGUGCAGAAUAUUCCGAGUCCGUUCGGACGGGCAACGACAAGUGCUCCCAGCACCGCUGCGCCUUGAAGAGGCUCAUUCACCUCCUCGGCGGCCUGGACAAUCUGCCCUUGGUCUACAGAGAACUGCUUGUGCAUUUCUUUGCCAAGAUUGCGGUCGUGACAGGUACACAAACCGAAAUCGAUCCUUCGUCGUGGGAUCCUGGACCGUGGAAUGGGAAUGCUCACAAUCUUGCAUUGGCACCUCGAAAACCUGAUGCGACCCGAAGUCCGGUACCUGGCUUGACUGACGAACCCCGCAUUUUGCCAGAUAUCUUGGCCGCAUUAAGAGAACUGGUCGCCGUGGAAGAGGUGAAAAGGCAGGGGACCUGGGUGGAUGAAGAUCACCUCAAACCCAUAUUCCGAUGGUCAUUUCUCCGCAGAAUUGCCCUCAAGAUGCGGCUGUGGAACCUUUGGCAUGGUCCCGCAGAUGAGCUCGAUCCAUGGCCUCUGUCAAGCACGGCAGAACGACUUCAAGACCCGUCUCUGUGCCUGGCGGCGCAGCUAUUCAUCUAUCUCAGCCUUGAAGCCCAUCCCAUCAAACAACCGUGGUUCGCAGCACCGACACAACAUGCGGAGAUGUUGUCCCGGAUCAAGGCAAUGGACACGGUCCUGUUGCAGAGAGUGAAAGAGCUUGACCCAACAAUGACAAUCCAAGAUCCAUUGUUGGACGGGCUCGCGAACAGCGACUCUGAUGCCCUAGAACAGGUGCAAGAUCUUCUCUGGAUCGUCGCCAUUGGCGCAUGCUUUGAGGAGGAGGUUAGGAAGCAGCAAGGCCAAAACCAGAUGUCGGAUUUGACGGUGAAGCCAAAACCAGAUGCUCCUGUCCAUGCAGGACGGGAGAAGCAGGAAGAUCAGCAACAGAGCGGCGGCGUGACAACGAUGCUGGAGACACUAUGGUUUUCCACGCGCUUUAGCUUACUUGCGAGAAGGCUAGGGUUUACCAGAUUCGAGCAAGUACGAGAUUUGUUCAGAAGAGAACAUGUCUAUGAUGCGAUGAUGAUGGAUGAGACGUUGGAGAGGCUGUUUUAUAUGAAAUGA